AUGGCUGUCCUUAUUGAAACGUCGCUUGGGGAUCUCAUCGUUGAUUUGUUCGUGAAGGAGCGCCCGAAUUGUUGUCGAAAUUUUUUAAAGCUGUGCAAAAUGAAAUACUACAAUCUUUGUCAAUUUCACCACAUUGAGCAAAAUUACAUUGCACAAACUGGUGAUCCAACAGGCACCGGCCGUGGUGGUGAAUCGUUUUUCACUUCUAUUUAUGGGGAACAAGCACGCUUCUUUGAGAAAGAGGAAGUACCAAAACUGCGGCAUACACGACAAGGUGUGGUCUCGUUUGUAAACAAUGGAAACGACAUGCUUGGAUCUCAAUUUUACGUUACGCUUGGUGAUGAUCUCGAUUAUCUAGACGAUCAGCACACAAUUUUUGGACAGGUGACAGAAGGGCUAGAGACUUUGGAAAAGCUCAACGAACAGUUGUGCAACGAGGAACAUCGACCAUUCAGAGAUAUUAGAAUAUCACAUACGAUAGUUUUGGAUGAUCCAUUUGAAGAUCCUGUUCAAAUCAAAUUCCCAUCGCGUUCACCUUCUCCAACACUUGAGCGUCUUAUUAGCGCUAAUCAAAUUGCUAUUGAUGAAAAUCUAAAUGACAUGGAUGGAAUGACGGAAGAAGAGAUAAAAAAAGAGCUAGAAGAACGAGAAAUGCGAGCACAAGCCCAAAUUCUGGAAAUUGUCGGUGAUUUGCGAUCUGCAGAAGACAUUCCGCCCGAGAACGUGCUUUUCGUUUGCAAGCUAAAUCCAGUAACAACCGACGAAGACUUAGAAAUUAUAUUCUCGAGGUUUGGAAAAAUUGAAUGUUGUGAAAUCAUUCGUGAUCGUCGGACCGGAGCCUCACUGCAAUAUGCUUUCAUUGAAUUUGCUGAGCCGAAAUCGGUCGAGGCUGCUUAUUUCAAAAUGGAUAACGUUCUGAUAGAUGAUCGUAGAAUUCAUGUUGACUUCUCCCAGUCUGUUUCCAAGAAUUUUAAGUGGAGUAGAAUGAAGCAAGGUUCUCCUGAACGUGCGACAAAGAAACCCUUGGAACGAUCGCAACAACCACGCAAAACAGAGCAGCAUCAUCGUGAUGAGAGAGGGUCUGCUCGUGAAAGAAACAAUGGACGAGAGUUUUCUCAUAGACGACGAUCACGGACUCCAGAACGAGAAAAACGUCGAGAACGGGACAGAAAUGGGCGUGAUUAUGAAAAACGAAAAGAGCGCCACGUUGAAACGGGUGGUGGUAGAUGGGGAGAUGAAAAAAGGAUCGAGGUCAAAAGAGAAGUUUCAAGCUCACCAGAAAGACGUCAUCGAGAUAAACGGCCCAGAUCUCCCGUACAUAAAAAGCAUCGAAGGGAGUCCCCAGUUAGAAACAUCAAGAAGGAAGCCGCGAGUUCCGAUAGCGAACACGAAAAGCGACACAGCAAGAAGAAGAGAAAGGAGAGGAAAAGAUCAAGUGACUCGGACAAAUCACCUGUACGCGAACGGCGUCGUCGC